AAAGCGGGAUAGAGUCCACCACAAGAUGUCGUCUUCUUCCCUUCGGAAACCGAAACGAAUUUCCGAGAGAGAGAAAGAGGGUUUCAGACAGGCGCACAGAAGGCUCGGAGUGAAAGGUAGAGAUAGAAGCAAGGGUAGAAUGGGAAACCAUAAGCAAAAGUGGACGUCGGAGGAGGAAGAUGCUCUAGUAGCCGGAGUUGCAAAGCACGGCGCCGGCAAAUGGAAGAACAUCCUCAUCGAUCCAGAAUUCGCCCAAUCUCUCAUUCUCCGAUCCAACAUUGACCUCAAGGAUAAAUGGAGGAACUUGAGUCCUAGUCUUGCACUUGCACAAGUUACACAGAAGAAAAGGAAGAAUUCAAAGAUAAAGAAUUCAGUUCGUUACUCUACACCUGUGCUUGCACUUGCUAGUGGAACAUCUCCAGAUGCUGUCAUGGAUGAUUCCAACACUGAAGAACGGUACAACGCAUUGAUUUUUGAGGCUCUUUUAACAAUGAAAGAUCCGAAUGGAUCUGAUGUGGAUGCCAUUCGUAACUUUAUUCAGCAAAGGGAAGAGGAGCCCAUUCCACAUAAUUUCAAAAGGUUAGUGGGUGCGAGGUUGAGAAGUCUUGUUUCACUAGGAAAACUUGAAAAGACCAGAAAUGGCUUCAAGAUCAAAGUUUUAGGAACAAAAACACCUAGGGUGUUGGCGACUUCUACUGAAACAGAAGAUGAUGCUGUUCAUGUCGCUGCCUAUACAAUUGCUGAUGCUGAAAACAAAUCAUUCUUGGCUGCUGAAGCAGUGAAGGAGGCAGAGAGAGUUUCAAAGAUAGCUGAAGAAACCGAGUCUAUGCUACUGCUAGUGAAAGAGAUCAAUGAACAAUGUUCACGAGGUGAAGUUGUCCACUUGGCUUAGGUCAGCGGUUGUAAGUCUAAUUAGUGGAUUCCUUGUAACUUGUAGGAUGUGCAUGUAAAUUUGUCCUUGUAUCUUCAGUUAUAGCUGAAGUCAAUUCCAUGUGAGAUCAGAGAUAGAUGAUUAGCAUACAAAAUUGCUUUUUAGUGCA